AUGGAUGCUUUCGCACAUCUCAUCUGUUACCUCUAUCAAUUCAUUGGUAUUCCAUUGUACAUUAGUGGGAAUAUUGGGAUUCUACUAAGUCUCUGGAUAUUUCUUCAAAGAGCGUGGCGUAAGAACGUCUGUGUCUUUUAUUUUCUUAUUCUUCUUGUAACCGAAUUCAUCAAUAUCGACAACAUCUUGUUAUGUAACAUCCUUGUCUAUGGAUUUGACAAUCAAAUCUUGAAUGAUAGUGUCUUCUUAUGUAAACUAUCGAAAUAUGUGUUUUUUGUUUUUGAUAUAAUGUCGCCGAGUAUCCUUGUCCUUGCUUCCAUCGAUCGCUUAUUGAUUUCGUCGGCUAAUGUUGAUAUUCGUUUGUACAGUUCAAGUCGUCUGGCAUAUUUUUCUCUUAGUAUAAGCCUUGUCAUCUGGUGUAUUUACUAUAUUCAUGUUCCUGUCAAAUUCAAUAUCUAUCAAAUGAAUUCCGUGAUCUUUCUAUGUAUAUUUGAACUCACAGGAUACUACUCAGAUUUUUUACGUUGUUCUCAGUUAAUAAUCAAUGUUGUUUUAUCGUUACUUAUGAUCCUGCUGUCGAUAUACUCGUGGCAAAAUGUCUGUGAAAUGAAAACAGUUCCAUCUGAACAACGGCAUAUUGUUCGAAAGAUGCACAAGAAGGAUUUCCAAAUGCUUCGCUGUUUAUUUGCAAUGAACGUUGUUCAUGUCAUCGGUGACAGUCUCAUCGGGACGUAUACCAUCUAUAAAGCGUCAACUAGUUUUGAAGUAUUGAUAGCUUGGGAACAGAAUCGCGAUAAUUUUAUAUUCAACCUUGGUAUAUUCUUGCAUUUGAUAUCAAAUUGUACCGAUUUUUAUAUCUAUCUUAUCGCUUCCAGGUCUUUUCGUCAAGAAUUGAAGCGUUCACUUUGGAAAAUAGUGGGUCUGAAAGCUGUAGAGACUCGACACAUAAAUAACGAACAGUUGGAAUUACCUAAUGCCAGUGCUGUUUCACUCCCGCGAUGA